AUGCUCACGCUGGACAAAGAGAAAGCGACGACGAACGUCUUGGCCGCACUUGUAACGCAGCAGGAGACACAAGUGCCGCCGGGGGCGAAGAAAGUGUCGGCGUCGAGAGACAAGGCUCACGCAAAAAUACAGAAGGUCAUCGGUGAAGUAAGGCUCAUUUCAGGCGCAGUUAUCUCUUCUGAGGAAUAGAAAGUCAAACGGACCGUUAGAACUGACUAGCAAGAUUCUGUUUUUGACAAUAUCAAGAUUUAUUAUAUAAACUGAAGAGUAUGAAUAAUAUACGAUAAUAAAUAGCUCCCUUUCUUUUUUUCUGAUUCUUUGGUACUUUUCUUCGUUUUUCGAAAAAAACUAGAAUUACUUUGUUGAGUUUCCAUGGAUUUUAUUAAGAAGUCAAGAAUGAAAAAGAUAAAGAAACGCCAGGUGAGGUGAAAGAAAUUUUUUGAAAAAAAAAAAAAUGAAAAACUAAUGAUUUUGAAUCUCAAAUUUUUCGAGGAGUGGGAAGGUAUACUUUAGGGGCCAGACUACGCUGAGAAAGAUAUUUUUAUUUCUUGGAAAAUUGAUAGCUGUUUAGACAGAUUCAAAACAAGAGAGUGAGUGAACAAUCUAAAAAUACAGUUCUUUACCUCGAAAAAAAUUCGAAUUGAUAAGCGCGCGAUUGAGUAAACAAAAUGAUCAUGCAAGUAUGUGAUAUUUGAACUAUCCGCAAAUCUUGGAUGGUUGGCCGUGGGAGUUUGGUUUGAAUAUUCAAACCAGGGCUCUCACGAUAGUUGGUCUCACGCCAAAUGACUUUAGCGAAUGUUUGCCAAUCGUCAAAAAAGGCAGAUUCCCUGUUUGUUCUGUUUCAAACUAUGCAUCUUCCUAUUUUUUAUGAUGCGAAACUUUCUAGAAGAACUGAAUCGUGCUGAUGGAAUAUCUUGUCCACAACAAAGUUUGCUCAAACGUCAAAAAGAUGGUUCCGAGAGACAAUGCUCGCGCAUUUACGUAUUCGUGCAUGCCUAAUCCUCUUUUGCAACCGCAAAACGCUGUCGAGAUGGAAGCUGACUUCAGAACUGUUCGUUGACCGUAAUUAAUGAGAAGCUAGGGAUCGAGAUCAGAGGACCACCCGGCCUGUAAGAACAAACGGAACGCGGAGACAAACAAAGUUGUAGGUGUGUAAAAAGAGCGGAACGACCUAUGGGCAUGCUAGAAAGAUCGUCAGGUUAGCCGUGGAGAUGAUUGCGUGCGUUCAGACGUGCGCUGCUUUUUAG